CUCCAGCAUUGAAGAGUCAGCCCAGUAGCCGUCCCGUCAGUCCUGUGAAAGAUCCAGACAAGAAAGGUGGGAAAACAUCUUUUGACAAGAUGUCAUCUGAAAGUGGUCACAGCAACAACUUUGAAGCUGCUGAUGGUCCUAACAAGCCUGUGAGUGGGUUUACAGAAAGUAGUGCUAACUGUGGGCCACUGGAUUUCCAAGAGGCUGUAUCACUAAAGGAACGGAUGGCAAUGUAUCAAGCAGCUGUUUCCAGGGGUGACUGCAGCAGCAGCAGCAGCUUCUCUGCUAAUAUGAUGGAGGAGUCUGAGACUCGAACAGUGCCAGGUGGCUUAGCCAGGGUGAAGAAACAAUUUGAGAGAGAUGAAAUUGCCUCUUCACAUAAUACUUUUUCUCAGUACCAGCAGCAGCAAAGAUUUGAUCAGGAGAUAAAAAGUAGAAGCCAUAUCAAUGUUUCAAGUAGCCAUCAAGAAGUUGAAGCAUAUGAACAAGUGACUUCUAAAACACCUCAAAUUGAGGUUUCUCAUCUCGAAAAACAUACCCAAGAAAUAAACCAGGCCUCUCGAUCAAGUCAGUAUGUUCAAGAAACAGUUAUUGAUACACCUGAGGAUGAAGAGAUCCCAAAGGUUUCAACACAGUUUUUAAAACAGCACUUUGAAAAGACAGCCCAAGAAAAGGUCCUUCAUUCUGACAAAGAUAUGGCAACUCCAGCCAAACAUAUUAAGAUUGACAGUGAAUAUAAAGAAACUGGGUGGCCAUCUCCACUUGUUACUUCUGUAGCUGCCAGUGCUUCAGCCAGUCAGAGACAGGAUACAUCAACCACAAGGCACACAGAAUACAGAUCCACUUCAUCUUCUGCACAGGGUAACACCACGAAUUUUGGAAAGACAGAAGAUUUUCCUCCUCCCCCACCUGAAAUAAUGCCAACAUUAGCAGAUGUGACAGCAUUUUCCCAGUCCCCUGAAUUCUCUAAGCCCCCUGGAAAAUUCCCCAUCCCCAAAGAUUUAUAUUCCAAGCAAAGAAAUUUAUAUGAAUUAAAUCGCUUAUACAAACAUAUCCACCCUGAAUUAAGAAAAAAUUUGGAAAAAUAUUAUAUCAAUGAUGUUUCUGAGAUUGGAUCUCAUCAGGUAGACACAGGAGAUUCUGUUGCUGCAGAUGUGCAGCAAACCCGCUAUGUUUUUGAAAAUACUGAUGGCAGCAAUCAAAAAUGUCUGAACCCUGAAAGAGAGUUCCUUGAAUGGGAUGAAAUUCUGAAAGGAGAAGUACAGUCUAUGAAAUGGAUUUUUGAGAACCAGCCUUUGGAUUCUAUCAAAGAUCAAUCUUCUAGUGAAGAUAACAGCAAAAAAAGCAUUGCUGAUCAAGAAAUCAUUGCUGGAGGAGAUGUGAAAUAUGCCACAUGGAUGUUUGAAACCCAGCCAAUAGAUACAUUAGGGGUUUAUUCUUCUAGAUCCACAGAAAGUGAACUGAAAGUUCCAGAACUAGCAAGGGGAGACGUACGCACAACCACAUGGAUGUUUGAAACUCAACCACUAGAUUCAAUGAACAAAAUUCAUCAGGACCAACAAGAAGAAUCAGAUGAAGUUGCCAUUAAAGACAUAACUGGAGGUGAUGUCAAGACUGUGAAAUACCUGUUUGAAACUCAGAAUCUUGACCAACUUGGGCAGCUAUAUUCAGUGGAUGAAGCUAACUUACUACAGCUUAGAUCUGAACUGAAAGAGAUUAAAGGGAAUGUGAAGAGAAGCAUAAAAUAUUUUGAAACUCAACCAUUGUAUGUUAUCAAAAACAGCUUAGGGCAAAUUCUUGAGAUUAAGACUGUUCACCGGGAAGACAUUGAAAAAGGAGAUGUGAGAACAGCACGUUGGAUGUUUGAGACACAACCAUUGGACAUGAUUAACAAAGAUGUUACAGAAGUCAAAGUUGUCCGUGGAAUAUCCAUGGAAGAAAACAUAAAAGGGGGAGUAAGUAAGGCAAAAUGGUUGUUUGAAACCCAACCUCUGGAAUCCAUCAAAGAAGAAUCUGAAAUGUCCAUCAUUGAAAAGGAAACUAUUAUAGGUACUGAUGUUUCCAGAAAGUGUUGGAUGUUUGAAACUCACCCUUUAGACACCCUUAAAGAAGUUACUGAUUCAAAUUCUUUGCCAGCUGAAGAAAUAAUAGGUGGUGAUGUAAAAGCCACCAAGUACUUAUUUGAAACCCUUCCAAUGGAUGUUUUAAAAGACAGUCCAGAAGUUGGUAAACUUCAAAAGAUAGAGGCCUCUGAAGAAGAAAAGGGAGAUGUGAGGCACCAUAAAUGGAUUUUUGAGACUCAUCCUCUAGAAGAUAUUAGAAAGGGGGAGAAAGAGUCUAUAAGGACAGUUAAACUUGAAGAGAUUGACAGAGGUGAUGUUAGAAGCUACACACAUAUCUUUGAAUCAAACAAUUUAAUUAAGUUUGAUGAAUCACACAAAAUACAAGUAGAAGGAGUGACUAAAGGUGCUGUAGAGUUCAAUAAAUCUCUCUUUGAAACAACUCCUUUGUAUGCUAUUCAAGAUCAUCUUGGAAGAUAUCAUGAAGUCAAAACAGUUCAACAAGAAGAAAUACUAAAAGGUGAUGUGCGGAGUUGUAGGUGGCUAUUUGAAACUAGGCCCAUUGAUCAGUUUGAUGAGAGUAUUCAUAAAUAUCAAGUUAUCAAAGGAGUAUCUACACGAGAAAUACAGCCUGGUGAUGUGAAGUCUGCUAAAUGGUUGUUUGAAACACAGCCUUUAGAUUCUAUUAAAUAUUUUAACAACUUGGAAGAUGAAGAAAGUAAAAAGCAGCAAACUGCAGAUAUUGUUAAAGGGGAUGUAAAAACAUGCACAUGGCUAUUUGAAACCCAGCCAAUGGAGUCCCUUUAUGACAAGACAGAAUUAGUGAUUGAUAAUGAAGAAAUUCAUAAAGGAGAUGUCAAAACAUGUACUUGGCUUUUUGAAACUCAGCCACUCGAUGCAAUAAGAGAUGAUUCAGAAACAGUGGUCAAACUCCAAACUGUAAAACAAGAAGACAUCCAAGGAAGGGAUGUUCGCACAACCUGCUUUCUUUUUGAGACAGAAAACCUAGACACUAUACAAGGAGAAGAAGGAAAGGAAAUCAAGUCAGUAGAAGUGGAUAUUCAGUCUGGGGAUGUUUCUAGCAUAAAGUACAAAUUUGAAAAUCAGUCCUUGGAUUCCAUAAGUUCCAGUUCAGAGGAAGUUUUGAAAAAGAUCAAAACCCUACAAGCUGAAGAUAUUCAGAAAGGCAAUGUUUUAAAUUGCAGGUGGCUUUUUGAAAACCAGCCAAUUGAAAUGAUAAAAGAAAAACAAGAAGGUGAUGAAUUAGUUAGGACAGUAACAGACAUACAAGGUGGGGAUGUGAGAAAAGGAUGCUUUAUUUUUGAGACUUUUUCUUUGGACCAGAUUAAAGACAAAUCUGAAGAGCUUGCCACUGAGAAAACCACAAGCAAAGAUGAAAUAAUAAAGGGGGAUGUGAAAAACUAUAGAAUGCUAUUUGAAACACAACCACUCUAUGCUAUUCAAGACAAAGAAGGGUAUUAUCAUGAAGUGACAACAGUUAAGAAAGAAGAAGUGAUUCAUGGAGAUGUAUGUGGGACUAGAUGGCUAUUUGAAACAAAACCAUUAGAUUCUAUUAAUGAAUCAGAUAAUGUAUAUAUUAUCAAAUCAGUAACUCAAGAGGAUAUUCAGAAAGGAGAUGUUAGCUCUGUCCGAUAUAGAUUUGAAACACAACCACUAGAUACAAUUUCAAAAGGGACAAUUGUAAUUGUUCCCACUAUUGACUGUGUCCAAGGUGGGAAUGUGAAAUAUCAUAAGCAACUCUUUGAAUCUCAAGAAUCUGAUAAAAGAACAUACGUUAGAACAGUUAGUGUCAAUGAAAUACAACAGGGUAAUGUUAAAACCUCUACUUGGCUGUUUGAAACUCAUACUUUAGAUGAGUUGAGAGGAGAGGGGUCAGAAUAUGAACAUAUCAAGACAGUCACCAAGGAAGAUGUGCAGAAAGGUGAUGUCAAACAGGCAAUAUGGCUUUUUGAAAAUCAGACUUUAGAUUCUAUUAAGGAAACAGAUGAAUAUGACACAGAAAUUAGCAGGGAAGAAAUCCCUCCCUCUGAUGUCAAAACAACAACAUGGCUCUUUGAAACAACACCACUUCAUGAAUUUAAUGAAAAUAAAGUGGAAAAAGAGGAGAUUAUUGGAAAGAGCAUAAAAGAAACCUUAGAAGAACUAUAUUCACAGAAAAUGAUUGAAUCUCAUGGAAUUAUCAUUGAAGCAAGUGAAGUUGGGAAUGUCCGGAUGGCUAAAUAUAAACUAAUGAAUCAAGAAUCUCCUGAAAUACAGAAAGAAGAAGUUGUGAGAGGAGAUAUCAAAACUAUAAUGAUGAAUCUUCUUUCCAAGAGAAAUGAUGUCAAAAGAGAGAUUUUAGUCAGUGAAGAAGAAAAGGGCGAUAUCAGUUUCACCAAAGCCCAGUUAUUAAACAGAUCUACAGAAAUCCAAUAUGAAAAAGAAGAAAUAGUGAGAGGGGAUAUCCAACAAACAAUAAAAAACCUGUUCAGCGAGAAAAGAUCUGUAAAACAAGGCAUUAUAAUUCAGGAAGAUGAAAGAGGGGAUAUUAAUAUGACAAUCUAUUGUCUUCUUCAUGAAAAUGAUAAUGAUGACAAAAUAGAACACAAAGAAAUAAUAGGUGGAGAUGUAAAACGCACUAUUCACAACUUAUUGUCUUCUGCUGCAAACUAUGAAAUAGACAAAACAACUAAAGUGGAUGCAUCAGAGAGGGGAAAUGUUCAGUUUUUCACAACAUGCAUAGAAGCUGGAGCAUUAGAUUACCUCAAACUACUGCAGACAGGGUCAAAUGAAUCACUUACAGCUGGGAAACCAGAAGAAGAGGAGGAAAUAAUUGGUGGUGAUGUUGAAGGCACAAAGUUGUUACUAACAAAAAGAAAGUCUCAAAUUGAACGUACUGUUAAUGAAACUGACAUCAUCCCAGGAGAUGUGCAUAAUACAGUUAAGGUUUUCAUGACAGAGCCUCAGAGUACAUCCUGUCAGGCACCCAAAGAAGAAAUUAUAAAAGGUGAUUUGAAAGCAACCCUAAAUUCCCUCAGUGAGGCCGUAAAUCAGAAAACAGUUACAAAAAGGGAAGAAAUUAUAAAAGCUGACAUGCUUACAACAUUGAAAUCUCUUCAAGAAGCAAGCCACCAAUGGAAAGAAACUGAGAAGCCUGAUAUUAUCCCUGGUGAUAUUAAACAAGCUAUUGAAUCUCUUGAAAAAGCAGUAAACACAAAGACUGAAAUUCUGAAAAAGGAGCUUAUGCGAGAUGACCUUGAGGAAACAUUAAGAGCACUAAAAGAAGAACAGUAUUCUUUCAAGACAAUAGAUAAAGAAAAUGUAAUCAAAGGAGAGAUGCAGGCUGUGAGGCAUGAUCUGGUAGAUUCCACUAAAGAACACAAAGCCCAGAGCAGACAGGUAGACCUCCCUAGGGACAUAAAAAUGGACUUGCAGUCAAAAUCUGAGUCAUUUGAGCAAGAAGAUACAUUAGAAGUGCUUAAAAAACAGACCACAGUCAAAUCUUUUCAUGGAUAUUCAAAAGGAGAAAACAGUGAGAUUGUCCCUCUAGAAGCCCCCAGAGGUACUGUAAAAAUUGUCAUAGGUCGUGAGCAAAACUGUGAUGCCCUUGAGAAGAGCCUUCAAAGAUUGUCUGAUACACCCCACAACACUGGUGAAAAUUUGGCCAAGAAUGGAGAUCAAAACAUCAGAAUUGAUUCAUCAAGAGCACAGUAUUCUAGAAAGGAACAUGGAAGGCAGCCAGCUUCUUAUAGCUCAGUUCAGAAAAAAGUAAGGACUGAGAAAUCAGAGAUGGGUACUAUAAUGAAAAAGGAUAUCUCUAGUGCUGCCUUGACUACUGAAAAAAUGCAACAGUGUCAAAUGGGUAUGCUAAGCAUUGGUCAGGAAACCAGGGCAUCUUCCCAUGAAAAAAAGAUAAAAAUAGCAACAGACGCACCCAGUUUUGAGUCUUGUGCUAGUCUUCACACAGUUAGCAUCCCAUCUAAUGACAAUAAAGCAUGUGGAAUAACUGAUCAUAUUCAGAAGGAAAUAUUACUAAAAAAGGAAAUGAGACAAGCACAACAAGCCAGUGAGACUUUUGAAAGGAAUGAAACAAACCUUCAGCAAAUGAAGUCUUUUAUUCCUUUGUCCCUUAAACAGGAUAUUCAAAAUGUAUCUGAAGAAAAAGCCAUAAAGGGAAACCAUGGAAAAUUUAAAGCAACAACAGAAAGGAAUAAAAAGAUUGAUGUUCAUCAGAAAAAUGAGAACUUUCAAACCAAGAUGGAUGCCUCAAGAAACUUAAAAGUGACUGUGGAAAAAUCCUGCAAUCCAGUCAAAUUGGCUGCUGUGAGUAAUAUGGCUGAAAAUCAUUCCUCCCUUCCACCUCCAUCUCCACCUCCACCUCCACCAUCCAAUGCAUCAUCUGAAAUUGAAUUUCCUUUACCUCCUCCACCUCCUUUAAUGAUGCUUCCUGAUAAACAAGAUUUUUCUUCAUUGCCUUCCACAGAAAAGAUAAAGGCUGAAUUUGAUGGUUUUCCCUGCCUCCCUCCCCCACCUCCACCAGUGGAUGACAAAACUGAGAGAGAAAGCCCUCCAACAUUUUUGCCUCCCCCACCUCCUCCACCACCAAAACCUAUACAUGUUUUUCCUUCCACAAUUCAAACAAAAGACAGUGAAAAGAAUGUCCAGCAACAUUUCCAAGAGUCAGAACAAACUCAUUCAAGGGCCAGAGCCUUAACAGGAAAGCCAAUAGCACUUCCACCUUCUCCCAAGUUCCCCAAACCAAAAUUCAUCAGACAGUUAGAUGAAAAUGAAAAUAAUCUCAAACCAAAAAUGAAACCACUUCCUCUUCAAUCAAAUAUAGGAACUAUGGUGACAAAAACAAAGGAGCAAAAUACAAUGAUGAUGAAGAGCAAUGUGGAGCACAGCCAAAGACAGGAGAAAAUUCAUACUGAGACAUCUGAAGAAAAACUACAAUCAUCCACUGCAGAGUCCAAGAAAUCUUCCAUUCAGACUGCUCAGGAAAUAUCACUUUCCAAAGAUAAAAAGACCUCACCCCUUGUUAAAUGUUAUUCCCUUCCUUUAGAUUCGGAACAGACAAGCCCUAAGCCAUAUAUCAGAAAAUUCAAGACCCCUCUAAUGAUUGCUGAAGAAAAAUAUAGGCAGCAAAGGCAGGAAAUCGAAAAACAGAAACAUCAAAGCUCUUCCCAUUGCAUAGUCAAAACAGAAAAUCAUAAUGAAAUUGAAUUAAAGUCUGAAAUGAAAACACUAUCACAGAACUCAAGGAAAGAAGAUUCUUUGCCUAUGUCAGCCACAGAUGUCACACAAUCAAAUUCUAUGAAUGCAGUCAACCUCCAGACUGAAGGUGCUUCUAGUGAAACCCACCUAUCUGAAUCAGCAGCAGCAGUGUCUUUGGCUGCCCAGAAACUCCAAAGUGUCUUGGAUAUAUCCAUGGAUAAAAAACACAUUCAAAAGGAAGCUCUCCAAGGUUCAAGGGAUAUUGUGCAACAUAGUUUACCUCAUCAAAUGGAACAAACACACCAAGAAUAUACUUCUCAUAAAAGAGAGCAAGGAACUAAUGAAAAGCAAUUGUACCUGUCCCCAAAGAUGCCAUUAUCCCCAAGCUUAAAAGCUAAAAGUGCCAAGUUCCCAACUUUAGAGUUAAACUUAAAUAAAAUAUCCCAAGAUUUCAACAUUUGUCAAAAGCAACCACCAGCUAAUAUUCAAGCCAUGACUAAACAAGAGCAUCAAGAAAGGCAGAAUAAUGAAAUAUGUAAAACUAUUAAAAAUAAGGAAAAUGUUACUGAACAAUGUUAUGAAUUACACAUGAAGGAAAAAAUAGGAAUAGAUAAAAUGCCUACCAGUCCCUCAGAGAAGAAUAAAAAAAGAGAAUCAGAUAAAGUAUAUGAAAAUCAAAAAGAAAGAAUAGAAUUAGUGGGCAAAAAAGUUUUAGCCACUCAAGAAGAAAACAAGAGAGAGAUAGUGGUUGGGCCAAAAGAACAAAAACUAAUAGUUGAAAGAAAACAAGACCUUAAAAAUAAAUCAUUAGAGAAAGUAGUCCAGCAAAAAGUUAUUAAUGUUGAUUCACUGACAGAAAAUCCUCAGCAAAUCCAGAUUCAAACUUCUGAAUGUGAAGUCAAAGAUAAAAAAUUACCCCAGCAAUAUGAUGGCCUGAAAGAAGAGUGCCUUAUAACCAAGAAUAUACAACAGAAACAAGCUCCCCCUAAUACUAAAGAUCCCAAGGAAGAUAUAGCAGAGAAUAAGGCUGCAUUUUCUUCCCUGAAAAGUUCCCAGGAUGAUGAUGGAAAAUGUGUUGUAAAUAUAUUAGAGUUCUUGAGAAAACGCGAAGAACUACAGCAGGUUUUGUCUCGGGUGAAACAAUUUGAAACAGAACCAAAUAAAAAUGAUAUUAAAACAUUUCAAAUACUAUUGACUAUUAUCCCAGCAUGGUUGAUAAAUGAAGAGAGAAAAGAAUAUGGAACUCGCAUUGCCAUGGAUAAUAAUUUAGAAAAAGUAAAAGAGGAAAUAACCCAUAUUAAAAGUGAAGCGGAAGAAAUGCUUAUUUCUUGUGAGAACACUAUCCAAAUGUGCAUGAACUCCUCCAAAGUAGGGAAAUUGAGACGUGAACCUUCUAGUAAAGCAUCUGCCAAAAUAUCAAACAUUAGUGCUGGCUCUAACAUAAAAAUCCAAAAAGAGGAGAAAAUUAUGAAAGGGCAGGAAUCUCAUCAAAAAGGGAAACCCCAUUCUAGUGGAGCUUCUCCUCAAAUAGCAAACAUUAACAUUGGGUCUAACAAAAUAGUCCAGAAAGAGAAGAAAAUUAUAGAAGAAAAAGACUCUAAUCAAAAAGUGAAAUUCCAACAGCAAAUUAAACAGGUAGAAUGUAGAACUACUUCUCCAUAUUUAAAACAACGUUCACCAUCACCUACUUUCAUAACAAUUGAGUCUACUGCCCGACGAACAGAAACUCCUGCUGUGAACAGACCUUCCAUGUCCCCUGUGACGAAGGAAAGCAUAUCUUCUCUUCCUUCCCGAAGCAGAUCCACAACACCACCAGCGAGAGGUCGCCAGGCUUCAGCCUCUCCUUCUCCCCCUACAAGUCGCUCUGAGCAACUUGCCAAACUUAAAGACACCACAGCAAAAUUGUCCCAAAGAACAUGUCACUAUCAGUCAGUAACCCCAGGUCCAGUUAUAGAAAAAAGGGCUGAAAUAGUCAAGUCUCCUGCAACUCUGCGACGUCAAAUUAAGACAGAAACCCCAAUACCUAUAAAUGUAUCCCAUGUUACUGCUAGUACAGUCAGAGAAGCCAAAGAAACACAAGAGGAAGUCCAACAAGUAGAGAAAAGGGCUACUUAUGUUUGCAGGGAUGGAGUCAAUAUCACAGAGCACAUAGUACCGAAUACUGAAAGUUUUGAUUCCAUUGAAAUCAUCCACAAAGUUGAAGUCCCUCAAGUGGGUUUGUCAGAACAUUCUAAAAUAUAUGAAGCUUCCAAUCAAACAGUCCAUAUGGCUGAAAAUGCCAUAAAAAGCCAUGAAACUGGAACAAACAGAUGGCUAGAGAAAUUUCAGAAUGACCCAAUUUUUGAGGCAAAGUCAAAUGGAAGAGUUCACACAAAUGGUGAAAUAAACCAUAACCUAAGACAGGAAAUGCACACCUUUAGCACAAAGGGAUUUGGAUCAAGUGCUGUGGAAAGUGAAAGCAGAAACAGCAGUUUCAGAAACUUUUCUUGCAGACAUUCCAAAGAUCCCCAGAACAAAGUUCCACAUAAGCAAGUCAUAGAGUGCUCUGAAGCAAAGUCCUUAAGAGAAUGUUUUUCAGGAGUGGAUACAUAUGAAAAUAAAAUUUUUGGGUCAAGGACAGUAGGCUCUUCAGCACAAAACUCUGAAGCGGUUAAGCCUGGCUUUGACUUCAAGCACGCCCCACCAACCUAUGAAGAUGUCAUUGCUGGCCACAUUCUGGAUAUCUCUGCAGAAGAUUCACCAGAAGAGCUCCUAAGGAAUUUUCAGAAGACAUGGCAGGAAAGUGAGAGAGUCUUCAAAAGCCUGGGAUAUGCAGUUUCAGAUACUUCAGCAACUGAGAUGAGGAGUAGCUUCCAUGAGGAAGCUGCUUUUCUUCAGGACAAGGAAAUGUGUACACUUUGUCAAAAGACUGUUUAUCCAAUGGAAUGCCUGGCAGCAGACAAGAACAUUUUUCAUAAGGCAUGUUUUCGAUGCCACCAUUGCAGUAGUAAAUUGAGCUUGGGGAAUUAUGCAUCACUUCAUGGACAGAUUUACUGUAAACCUCAUUUUAAGCAACUUUUCAAAUCUAAAGGAAAUUAUGAUGAAGGUUUUGGACACAAGCCACAUAAAGAGAGAUGGCGUUGUAAAAAUCAAAGCAGUUCAGGGGACUUUGUUCAUAAUGAAGAAAUAGAUCUAAAUAAGAACAUAGCAACACCCCAGACACCUGAUGUUCUCAGCCAGCACACAGAUUCAGGCAAUGGUGAUGAGCCAGGGGAGAAUUUGAAAAAAUCUGUUGAGAGGGGCAAACUGAAAAUUACCUGGCCUCCAUUUAAUGAAACUCCUAAGAAACCCUUUACUAUUGAAGAUGAUUUGAAAAUGAGUAAACCAAAAUGGCCCCCUGACAUGACCACCUUUCUGUCCCCUGACCAUCCUCUGGAAGACAAAAGUGAGCUAAAGUUAGAAAAUGGUAAUCUUGUAGAAGGAAAAUGGAAAGAGAGAGAUGGCAUUCCUGUUUUGCCACCACAUCAACAAUCCAUCCAUAUGUCUCAGAAGGACAAUGCUAUAGGAAUCACUGAGAUGAAAACAUAUGAGACAAGGAGAGAAGAGAAGGAAGAAAAUAGACAUGUGCAAGAGAAAGUGAAUGAGACUGAAGUUUCUAGGGAUAAGAGGAAAAGUGAAAUGGAUCUUAAUGACAGCAAUAGCUUGGCUGUGCAGAGUGCUGAGAAAGAGAAAAAUGAAAAAAUUAAUGAGCCUGGCAGUGCAGAAGUUUUACAGGUUACUAACACUGAUGAUGAGGUGGUGCUAGAAAAUCGUAAAGAGAAUUUGAAUAAGAAUAAUAAUAAUAAUUAUGUAGCAGUCUCACAUCUGAGCAAUUGGAGGCAGAAAACAUCUAUCUUCGAUGGGUCUAAUCCAUUAUUAGGAUCAAGCGAGACAAAACAUACAGCAUCUGAAUAUGAAUUUGAAAAGUUGGAAAAUGGGUCUAGGAUUUCAGAAUUACUUGGUAUAUUUCAGUCUGAAAAGAGUUACUCCAGGGAAGUUUUAGCUGUGGCAUCUGACAAACAGAAUUCCAGAGAUCAUUUGGAUAAUAGUAAUCAACCUGUUCAAGCUGCCAUUUCCUUAAAAUCUGAUCCCAAUAGUGGAUUAGUGUCUAAAGAAGACACUGCCUCCGCAACAUUACCUUUCAAUACUGAAUUGCAGAUCAGAGAAAAUACCAAAAGUGAUUCAAAAUUGCCUUUUCUUUUCACUAAAACUGUGAAAAUGCCUUCCUUUUCCAAAAAGGAGGAACCAUUUUUGGGCACAGGCCUUUUACAUUCUGUAGAUACAAUUAAAACCACUUUGGGCUUGUAUGAAAAAGAAAACCAGAAUGACAAGAGUCACUGCAAAAAUAAAACUGCAGAAGUGUCAUUCAGUGAUGGAAGAACAAGAUUUGAUUCUCAAAACUCUCAGGAUAGAGCAAUGCCAUUGGCAUUAUCUUCUGGAAAUGAGAUGCAGCAUGAAUCACUCACUAUUGAAGAGCAAAUUAAAAGAAAUAGGUGCUACAAUGACAUUGAGUAGUUUAAUUGAUUUGGUAACACUGACAUGCAGAUACUGAAAGAAUAUGGAAGUUUACAUCUAUAUCUAUCUUAAACAUUUUAGAUCAUUUAAUAGCCUUUUUCAGAAACCCUUGUUAAAUUUAGUAUAUUAUGACAAAAGUAUCAUGUUUAUCAUAAAGAAAUAUUUUUCUUGAAUUGUAAUUGGCUGAUUAUUCAUCAUUAGCUUAACUUUUUUCCAUCCCUAAAAUGUCCACAAAGAAACUAAAUACCUGUUGUCUUGUCAGUGUGCACUAAAGUAUGUAUUUAUACCUAUGGACAUACUAGAAACAAUCUGAUGAAAUAACUAUUAAACUGAUAUGCAUAAAACUUCCUUGCUGAUCUUUAAAAUGUCAGCAGAAAGGAAAAGUAUUAGCACCUGGUGUGCAGAACAAAAGUAAGGAUUUCAUAUCUGUAACUGUUUUUCAUGUGUUCUUUUAAUAAGUAAAUGAACUUUAUUCCAUAAUAAAACACGAGCAUUUGCUUUGUUUAGUUCAUUAUAGAUAAGUAUUUCUCACGAGAUGUUCCCAUUUUGCUAUUUGAAUUAAAAGUGGAAUUAUAUUAUAAUUUUCAGAAGCUUUCUAUGUAUAAUCAUCUUGAUGAAUGAAAUCAAGAUGAGAUUUAAGAAAAUUCAGUUAAAUAUAUUAACAGAACAAAUUUAGUAGUGAUGAUGAUGAUGAUGGGGAAGGGCAAAAAAAUAAUGGUAAAGAAUCAAUUAGCUUGGAAAUAUGCUUGUAAUUUCAAUAAAUUUUCCACAAUGUAUUAUUGCAAAACAGAUAAAUACUUUUGUGCAAACUAAAAGGUAUAAACCACAUUAUUAUUUUCAAACUUUUUUUCUCAAUACUUAUAAGGAAUACCGUUUUAUUUUACCUUGAUUGCAUGAAGGAAUAGAAUAUAUGUUACUUAACUGUUGAAGCUCAAUAAAAAAAAUCUUUUCAAAAUCUGA